AUGGCCCCCUCGUACGAGCCGCAAAUUCUGGAAGAACAAGAUGAUGACUUCGACCCAAAGACGGAAGACAUCCACCAAUACUGUAAAAUCAUCGGACUCGAUCCAUCGUCAGAUCCAGAUCUUGUGUGGAUAGCGAAAGAAGGCAUAAUGGCGAAAUUGCCACCUGAUUGGAAAGCUGUGAAUCAGGAGGGAUACGGGCUCUAUUAUUUCAACUUUAAAACUGGGCAAUCGAUCUGGGAGCACCCAAAUGAUGAAUAUUACAGAGGCAAAGUUCGACAAGAGAAGUCCAAGAAAAAAGGCGGUGUUCGCUCGUCUUUUGAGAAACUACCAAUACCAAUUAUUAAACCGACCGCAAGCAAAUCGCCUCUCAUUAAAGUUCAAAGCCGACGAGCAAUGUCUCCUCCUCCGGGAAUGGAAAAUCAUUUGCCCACUCCACCAAGACUUCCAAAGAGCAGUGAGUUCACUUCCCCAAGAUACGAAGCUCUGAUUCAAAAAACGGAGUCGUUGGAUAGCUCGAAAUCAAAAUCAGAAUCAAGCAAUACACCCAGAAAGCGUUCGUAUAGCAUUGAUAAAAAGCCGCAAAAGUCAAAGUCUGAAGAUUCAUUGCCUGCCUCGCUUGAGCAAGUUGACAGCAUUACACACAGCUACUCGGAUUUUACCGAGGAUUAUCAAGUAAAGACGCAGGAGAAAGAUGAAAUAAGCGCUGAUGUAAUGGAAAAUAUUCAGUCUGACAAUGGCUCAAAGCUCAAUCCACUGAAAACGUCGAUAUCAAUGUCAUCAAUCGACGAUGUUGACGAUUUGAUGCGAAGCUCUAACGAGUCUUUUGGGCGGCUUGGUUAUAAAAAACCAGUUCUCGGGGCUGAAUCAAAGGAUGACUCUGACUACAGCGAUGAAAGCAGCGACAACAGCGAAUCAGCUGGCAACAACAUCCAAAUGGAUAUUGGCGAUUUGACCCCAGCAAAGGAAUCAGUGAAGACACCGCCUGGAGAUCACUUUGAUAUUGAUGUCUCCCUAACAGAGUCAUCUGAUGUAAAAACUCCGUCAAAGUCGCACUCACAGAGUAUUUCGAAGUCCUCCUCUCUGGCAGGCAAUCGAUUCUUGAAGAAAUUGCCGGUGAAGUCAGACCAGAACUCUGCGAGUGAGUCGACCAACGGAGUGUCUGCUUCGAAGCAAUCAUACACUUCGGUUAGUUCAAGCGUCAAAAAAGCGCCCUCACUGACUCCACAAUCGACCCGGCCAAAAUCGUCUCGAGCUACUGAAAUACCCUCUAUCUCCGUUCAAAUCGAGAAGAAACGAAAGGAAGAAGAAGCAAAAAUCGAGCAAGAGCUUCGCGAAAUCCAAUUGAAGCUGCAAGAACAACGGCAAGAAAAGUACAAUCAGCUUAUGGAAGAGCACGACAAGGAGAUUAUGCGGAUUCAAGAUAGCAUUCAAGAACUUACUGAGAAUCAAAAGCAAGAGUCUUUUGGCGAAUUAGAGAGCUUGAAGAAAAAGUUUGUCGAUGACAAAGAAAAGAUUCUGAAGGAAGAGACUGAGCGCCACGAACGGGAAAUGUCAGAAAACUUGGAGAAGAUAAGAUCGGACUUUGCUCAGGAAAAAUUGCGUGCGACUGAAAACGAGGAAAAGAGAAUUCGCGCUGAACGUUUGAGAAUGGAAGAUAGUGCUGACAAAAGGUUCAAAGUGAAGACGGCCGAAAUUACUGCUGAAAUUGAAGCCAACGAAGCGGAACGAAUUCGCCUAUUACAAACACAAUUAACGAAGCAGAAAUACGAAACGCAAAAGCUUCAAGAGCAAGAUAAAGACCUCUUCGAGAAACUGAGAAAAUCAAGGCAUGAAAUUGAGGAACAGCACAAAGCGGAGCUCUUGGAAAUGCAAGAAAAUCAUGAAAAACAGAAGCGCCAAAUAUUGAAGUCGCAAGAAAAUGAAAUCAAACGACUUGAAAGCAAUCAUCUUGAUCACGUUUCAGCUUUGCACAAGUCUUUUGAGGAUCGACUAGAAGCGACAAAAACAAACUUGGAAGACAAGCGCAGAGAAUUUGACCGACGAGUAGAAAAAUGGGAGGCCGACCACAGCACCCGAACAAUGGCUUGGGCGUCGAGAAAUUUAGAAAGAAAAAAUGAGCAUGAGCGGCAGACUCUUCAGGUUUCUAUUAAUCGACAGCCGGAAGUCUCGGACAUGCCUCAGAACACGAUGAAUACUUCCAAAGAAAGCCACGGCUCAGAUCAACCAUUGACAACAAAGGAGCUUGACGAAACAGCAAAAAGUCAAACUGGCCAGAAGAGCAGAAUGCCCGAGCAGGAUGAAUCGAGCGACCGACCGGCGUCUUUGAGACUUCAAGAAUAUCUUAAAUCGCUCGAAGAAAAGAUAAACUCGUUCCAAGCACUAAGUAGAUCUUCCGAGCCUGAUUUUACAUCAACGAGAAAGCCAAAAGCCCCUGAGAGUAGGUUCUAUUCUUCAAAUGAUGUCUACAGCUCUGAGCGCUGGCGAUCGUAUUUUGGUGAAGACUACAAAUACAUUCCUGCUAAGAGUAUCCUCAACGACAGAAUUAUGAACGACUACAAAACGAAAAAUCUCCGACGACAUCCAUUUUCUACCUCCCAUUGA